CCAACAUUGCAAUUGUGACUGAAGCUCAGAAUACUGUCAUAAAAACAUGAGUGCAAAGACAGUACAGAGAUUACUGCAGUACAGAGAGGAUCAAUUAACCCUUGAAUCAGACCCAGUCCCAAUGACAAAUGUAUUAUAUUUAGGAUUGGAAACUUUCUUUAGAGGGAUAGUUCACACAUUUAAAAAAAAUAAAAAAUAAAAAAUCCUGUCAUCAACCUCACACUCACAUAUCAUUUUAAAACUCUAUGUAUUUCUUCUGUGGAACACAAAAGUAGAUUCUGUGCUAAGAGUAUUGUUAAUGGGGACAUAUGAUGUAAUAUAAAUCUCUGGUGUCCCCGGAAUGUGUCUGUGAAGUUUCAGCUCAAAAUACCCCCAAAUAGGGGCAAAUUUGGCAAGCUGUAAUAAAUGAUCUGGAGGGUGAGCAAAAACACGCUGUUUUUGUGUGUGUCCCUUUAAAUGCAAAUGAGCUGCGGCUCCCCACACCCCUUCCAGAAGAGGGCGGAAUCCUUUACACAAGCUUCGCAUACUCCGUCAACAAAACAGACCUUUGUGAAUGACUUGAGAAUUCCAGACCAAACAUACAUAACCCUCAAGCUGUCGGACAUUGUUCGUUUUGGAUAUGAUUCACAUGUGUAUAUUCUUGAAAAGAGUCAACAUAAAGUCCCUGAAGAGGCCCUCAAGCAUGAGAAGUACACCAGUCAGCUGCAGAUGGGCAUAAAAUCUGCAGAGGGCAAGCAACAGAACCUGCAGGAAGAAAGGUCCAAAUUAGAGCGUUCUGAACGCAAGAGUCUCACAGAGUCCCCUGUACCCCGGCCAACACCAUUGUAUGGCCAGCCAUCAUGGUGGGGUGAGGAGGACUCCGGGAGCAAGGGAGGACACAAUGAAGUACGAAGGUCAGGUGACAAUCAUUCAGAGAUCACAAAGGAGGCCCCGACAGCUGAGGAUGAAUUUAACGUCUCUGUUCAAGAGAUCCGUGACAGCCAGGCCAAGUCAACCUAUCUAUACCACCGAGAGCCCAGCUAUUUUGAAAUUCCAACAAAGGAGUUCCAUAUGCAUCCCAAGUCCCCAGAGACGGAUUUGAUCGACAUCCCAACCAAAGACACCAACGUUCCUCUGAUUUCUACACCUCCAGUUGUCCAAAGUCAUGCUUCUUUUACUAUCGAGUUUGAUGACUGCAUGCCAGGCAAGAUUAAAAUCAAGGAUCAUGUGACCAAGUUCUCCUCUCGUCAGCGUAGCAAGCAGCAGCCAAGUAAUUCUUUAGUAGCCACACCCACAGAGGUUCUGUCAGCUGAGAGCAAGGUGGCUGAUUGGCUUGUGCAGAGUGAUGUUAGCAUGAUGUGCAGGCGGUCACCCUGUGAGGAUGUGUACAGCACUAAGAGUGACUUAGCAAUGCAUAUUCGGACACUCAAAGGACACCAUCAUGAAGAUGGAACACAGAGUGAUUCAGAAGACCCUGUAAUGAAAGGAAAACGCAGCAAGUCACAUCAUUCCGUGCAAUCCCAAUCAUCAGUACAGUCACACCAGUCAGCUCAAUCAAAGACAUCCGAACCAUCAGAAUCAGUUCUGUCCCAGCAGUCAAUACCAAAAACUCAUCAUCCUCAGUCAGUCUCGCCACACAAACACCAUCAAAGCGAUCUUGAUGAAAGUGAGGCUCAUCCUGUACAAGAAGCCUCCUCUCCUCCCCAGACAGAGGUUAAGCCAAUUCACACUGAGCCUCACACCCAGCAGGCCUUCAUUAUUGAGUUCUUUGAUGAUAAUCCAAGAAAGAAGCGGUCACAGUCCUUUACCCACAACUCUGCACAUGCUGAUUCCUACUCUGCAUUGAAGGCCAAACUAGAGAGACGCAAAGGUCUGGCUCAUGGGGAAAGGCCAGCCUCUGUGCAUGGCCAUGUUCCUCCAACACAGCAAAUCACUGUUCCAUUGAAAGGUUCAAGCCAUGGAGGUUCACAGCGGUCAAGCUCACUGAAGAGAGAGAAGACAGAAGACAAUGGGACCAGCACAUCUUUAUUAGGGACCUCGUCUCGCUCUUCACCAGCUAUCUCCAUUAAGCCUUUUGGGAGUGUGGGCAAGAAGUCCAAUCUUGCUCAGGAAUUUACUGCAGAGUUCUUGAAGGAUACAGGAAAGACUUCCCCACCUCCCAUGUCUGCCCCACCUGUGAUGAUGUCCCCAUCACACACUCUUUUACCCUCCCCAGCAGAACCCUCUGGACCCUCAUCUGUGUCGUAUCCGUCUUCUCCUUCUCAGCUACCUGCAUUAUCCCAGUCUUUUCUUCCAGUAUCCUCCCCUGUCUCUGUCCCUUCUCAAGCCCCUGGAAGGGGUCCAGUUUCUAGUGCCUCCCCAAUCUGCUCAGCUGGGUCAUCUGUGCCCCAGUUUUCACCACGAUUAUUUAGUGGUGUUGAAACCAAGGGCUCAAGGGCGACCCGAACUGAGGAGGAGGACAGUCUGAGUGAUGCUGGUACCUACACAAUUGAGACAGAGUCACAAGAUAAGGAAGUGGAGGAAGCUAGAAGUAUGAUUGACCAGGUGUUUGGUGUUUUAGAUGCACCAGAAUACAGUGGUCAGACUGUUGGAGUUUAUAGGCCUGUGAUUGAUGAUGGUAAAGAUGAGCAACUAUUCUUUAGUCAUAGCCACAGUAUGGCAGCUGAUGUAAUGUCGACAUCAUCACAGGGCCAUGGUGGAGACCAAGUCAUCUCACUGCAGGCACAUCCAGGUGUAGGAGGGCCUAAAUGGGUCUCACGCUGGGCCAGCCUAGCAGACACUUAUAGUGAUCCUGGGGCUACACAAGGAUCUAUGGGAAUUCCACCCCAAAGUGGGCCUGCAGACAGAGAUGAUAGAGUGACAUUAAUGAUUAGUCAAAGCUCAGAUAUCUCAGAAUCAGAGGGCAGUCAAGGUUCCAGGACCAGACGGCUACUUCCUCAGGUUCCACCAGGAGAAAAACUGGAGAACACGACCCCUAGUAUCUUGAUCCGGCAUGAAACAAACGUGGACCAUGAACCACCAGAGAAAGGUUCUAGAGAACCACAGCAGAAGGACUGCACUCAGAGGCUUCGUGUCCAAGAUGACGUGGACCCAGACAGUUUGAGUGACACCAGCCGUUCAGAUGACAGCUCUAUCCUUGAUAGGAGUGGAAGGAGCCAAGGAAAGAGAGAAACUUCAACACCCUCACCUUCUGAAAAUGUAAACCAUUCUAGAGGGUUAAGAGAGAUGCCACCACCCACUCCCAAACCCACCUCAUUUUAUAUUGGUUCUGAAGAUGGUUCAUGCAAGUCAGAUGCGUCCAAAAGUCCAAUUCUUUCACAGCCAGAGAGAGACUACUCUCCUAAGAUGCCUCCAACCACUGUCUUGAUACGACAUUUGAGUGGCCAUGAGUCUAGGCGUCCAGUGAAGCCCAACUCAUCGGCCCCGAACCUUCAGGCGGAUAACAGGGAUGUAGUGCCCACCAAAGAGACCUCAACCUCAUUUGUUCGGCAGGAGAGUUUUACCAAAGAUAGGCCAAGUGACAACAUUCAAGUCAAGAAAUUACCACAUAUCUCUAGUCAUCCUGCUUUGAGAAGCUUGGAUACAGAGGAAACUGUCCAAAGUACAUUUCCCUUUCCUAAGGAAGCAGAGAAAUCUUUGGCAUCACCAGAAGAGAAGGUACCUGGAUCUAGUCAACGUUUAAAAACGGGAAGCUCCCCUGCACAAGAGGACUCCCUGUCUGGUGAUUCAGAUGUUGAUACCGCCAGUACUGUAAGCAUGGUCAGCAGUAAAAAUGCUCCUGUCAGUGCACUUAAGAAGCGCACAUCUGCAAGUGACCUGCGUAAGGAGAAAUUAUCUUCCGGUUUACCUGCACAAGACAAAGCACGGCAACCUACAGCCCGUGAACGGCUAUCAGAAAAACGCAGAAAUCAUGCCUCAGCAGAUAAUACCAGUAAAGCUGAAAUGAGUCGUCGGCUCCAACUUCGUCGCAGUGCUGGUAACCGUGGUUCUUUAGACCUUUCAGAUAAUCAGCAUGGUCAACAGCUGUGGCUGGAAGCUGCUGCUUCUGACCAUGAGUCAAGUUCACGGGCCAACAACCGCAAAAAACUCACUGCACCCCUGCAGAAGGAGGAACCCAAUAAGGUGACCAAAGGAAGCCAUCAGAUACUGACCCGAUCCAAUAGCCUUUCAGCCCCAAGACCAACCCGUGCCUCCAUGCUCCGCCGAGCUCGACUAGGUGAGGCCUCAGACAAUGAGGGUGCAGAGACGGACCAUGCAUCUCAAAGCUCCGACCACAGUAAGACUCCUGCUGAAAGCAAGAAACUCUCAAGGCUGGACAUUCUUGCCAUGCCUCGGAAACGCACUAGAUCCUUCACUGUUCCAAGUGACAAUGAGUCCACCUCAAGCAAGCAUGGCAUUUCCAACCGUCCUACAGAGGCGAGUAGCAGUGUGAGGAAAGGGGCUUCAAGUGAGGUGAGGCAGGCAACCAGCAAAGGGACUGCAUCAGUAGGGAAAUAUUCCUCCACUCGUACCCGCUCUAACCAAGUUAAACACAGUAGCACAGCUGGUUCCCACCGUAGACAAAAGGAUUCAGACUAUUCCUCUACCUCAGAGGAGGAGUUUGAGACCAAUUCCAACUCUAAGCAAAAACGCUCCCAUGCCUCAGCUUCAACUCAGACACAGACACCACAGAAGACUGUUCAGAUGAGGCUAAAAUGUGGCUCUUUGGAAACGGAAGAGGACGAAACUCAGAAUGAACACUUCCAGAAUUGGUCUACUCAUAGUGCAGAGAUUGCCAGGCUGAGUCAAGACCUGGCCAAAGAUCUUGCCAUUCUUGCACGUGAAAUCCAUGAUGUAGCAGGGGAUGGUGACUCCCAGGCAUCCUCAGGCAUAGGAGCUACCACUUCCCCAAGCUCCAUGCCAAAUACCCCUGCAUCUACUAUCUCGACCAGAGAGGAGAGACCAUUUGCAUCAUUACAGAGGUUCCUGUUACCUCAGCUGGUACAGCAUAUACCCGAGGCAAGUCUGAACUAUCAAAAGGUUCCUCCAGGCUCAACUAGUCCAAUAGACCAGGACUCAAAUAUGAACGACCAUGACAGUUCCAGACGGCGUCCCUGGAACCGUGAAGAGGUAAUUCUGGACAAUCUCAUGUUGAACCCAGUCUCCCAGCUCUCCCAGGCUAUCAGAGAGAACACGGAGCAACUAGCAGAGAAAAUGAAAGUUUUGUUUCAUAACAAGACUGAAGUCUGGGAGGAAAUAGAAGCAAAAAUCAACGCUGAAAACGAGGUUCCCAUCCUUAAGACAUCUAAUAAGGAAAUCUCAUCUAUUCUCCAAGAACUGCGACGAGUCCAGAGACAACUUGAGGUGAUCAACACUAUUGUUGAGCCUGGAGGAAUCCUAAAGUUGCCCCCUAUGGCAGCUUCUUCCAGGGGAAAGACCAAAUCUGCUUCCAAGGAGUUUACUGGCCCCACUUCCUCUAAUACCAAUGCAAGUGCAAAGCGAGGUCCCAGAGGGCCUGAGGGAGGGCGAUAUGUAGUAUAAGCAUAGUAAACAUCUGCACAUCUCUUUGGAGACUGCCAUAUUCAUGGCGUAUUUGUAAAGUAUUGUGAGACUAUCUGUGGUGCAAAUAUGCGUCAUAUGCUUUCUCUAAGACUGCAGACACACUUCACAAGUUAAAGUAGGUUGUAAACAUUCUUUUCAACAAUUGUAAUCAGUGGCUUGCUUGAACGAUUGUCCGUAUGCCAUGUUGUCAUUCAUGAUUGAGUGAAUGCGUGGGUAUUGUGUUGCCGUCUGUUUCCAUGUUCACUGUCAAUCAUGAAAUGCACUUGGCUGCUACAAAUCUACAGCAUGGAAAAAAAGGGUGAAUACACAAUACCUAGUACUUGCCUUCAACAAAGGCAUAGCCAUUAGCUUGCUUUGGAAAAAAAAAAAAAAAAAAAAAAAAAUUCAGUUUUAAAAUAUAAUGCUAUCAAAGUUAUUAAUUGAAUAUUGCUGCUUCUGAGAAUAUGGCUACUGUUGAUUUCCCAGAUAUAGCAAGUUAAAAUAAUGUUAAUAGUUAUCAAAAAAUAUCAAACUCUAGCAUAAAUGUUUAAGUACGGUGACUGGGAGGGAAAAUGUUCGGUUCACUUUUGUAGUAGCCACGAGAUCCUUUUCUCGUGGCCACGAGCGCCUUUUUAAAAAAAAAAAAAAAAAAAAAAAAAAAACACAGCAACAAUUUAAAAGUAACCCAAUUCCACAGGAAAACCGCAGACUUGGUAACAUUGCGGUUAUUGGCCCAAAUUUCAUUAUUCAAGUUCAAUUUCAAUUAAUUUGGUUAUAUACAUGGAUAUAUAGGCCAGUACAUGUUAAUAAAAACUUUCUCAGCUAAUGUUCAGUCGUUCAAUCAACUCGUGUUCAUAUGUAGCGGCCUCAAUAUGCUAUGGCGUUCCCACAAAUCAGUAUCUCACGGCCAGGAAAAAACUAAGUGAACCAAACAAGUGUCCUCCUGGUCACCGUAGUUUUGCAAAUACACCACAUAUGUCUGGAGUGUUAAGGGUGUUUAAGUUUAUGCGUGUAAGCGACUGCUAGAUUUAUAAUAGUAUCGUGUGAUGCUGUGAACUGUUGUUGCUGUGUUACAGGUGUAAACUUGAGAAACGGGUUACCUUCACCCUGCCCCACUAUAUUAUAUGCUUUUAUGAUUGUAUGCAACAUGUGAUUGUUUUUAAUUUGGGAUGACAAAGAGCUAUCAUUAGUGAGAACAGCUGGAUGUAUCAGGCUAUCACUCCCAUGUUUACAUUAGCCGUGUAUUUACAUUAGCCGUGUCUCAUAUUCUAUGUAUUUGUGAUUUUUGAAUGUUUUAAAAGCAUCAAAAUGAUGUUUAAAUAUCCUGAAUGAGAUCCACAACAAUAAUGUCACAGUAAUAUUCAAUUUAGGAAAUUGUAAGGUGAAUUCAGGUUGAUUGGGACACUUUUUGCCAUUGAAAUGAAUCAAUGGCAAAAUCACCCUGAAUUCACCCUACAUUUUAGUAAGGUAAGAUGCUCAGCCAGGUUCUCCAGGAAAAGUACUUGACCAUUCUAACCAUUGGGUUAGAGUUAAAAUGAGACCUUUGGGGUAAGAUGCCCACCUGAAUUCACCUAGAGUGGGAUGUUGUUACUAGUAUGUAUGUAUGUAUGUAUGUAUGUAUGUAUGUAUUUAUUUAUUUAUUUACUUAAUACUUACUGAAUAGCAACCCCAUAAAUUACAAUAAUUCCAAUUAGAUGUACAUGUCAGAUGUUUUUCAAUAAAACCCAUAGCCUUAUUGAGUGAAAUUAUUACAUUUGAGUUCAGUGUUACUAUUAUGACAUAUCUUCAAUUAAAAUAUGGCCAAUUAAAUAUGUAAAUAUUCAUAUGCCUGUAUAUAAAUCAUGGAAUAAAUUUACCAGUUUUAGAUUAAUCUCUUUUAACUGGGAUUCUGUUAUAAGUUAUUAUAUAUUAAGUGUCAUAAGUUGUUCAGUUGUUCAACAAAAUAAUGCACAAUUUUAAACAGAAUAGUUGAUUUUGUAUUUUACAAUAAUGACACUUAAAAUGACACCAAUAAUAAGGUUGAUAUCAUUUAUACAUUAAUAGUUUCCCCAGGUAGGGGCCAUCUUACCCUAAUAAGGCCUCUUCGAAUAAUUUUACAUGUGCUAUAACAACUAAAUUAGCAAAUGUUUCUAUUUAUUUCAUUUAAGACAUUGGCUGAUGCAUUAUCAUACUGCACGUUAAACUUAUAUCUAAAUGUUACAAUUUAAAAGUUAAUGCACAUUGUUCUUAAGGGGAGGGGGCAUCUUCCCCCAACUCUUCUAGUUUGAGACAACAAAGUUCUGAUGACAACAACGUGAAUGUGCAGUGAACCAUACAACUACUGUACAUACAGUACAAAACAUCUGUCUACCAGCAUCCCAUCAACACAUUGCAUUAUAUAGUAAAUAAUGCCAUGUUAGUACUGAGUUGUAUUUGCUUUGUCUGUAAUUGUGAUCUUCCGUUAGAGCAUUUCUAAUUUUUUUUUUUACCAUUCGACGUUUAAAAAGGCUCUAUAAGUCAGUCUUGAAAAAAUGUUUCUGCACUAAGAAAUGAUUGUAUACAGUAGAUUUGUUUAAUGUUUUAACAGCUCACCAUCGUUUGCUUUAGUUUCUUUUUUUACCUGAGUGUUAUGAAUGGUUUGAUGUAUGCAAAUGAAAUAAUUCUUUUGGAAUUAUUGCAUGUGUGCCAUAUGUAAUCUGGCUUUGCCACUGAUGCUAGUAGAACUUCCAAACUCGUAACUAACAGCAACAGCAAUUAUCUUGUGACGACACAGGUUCGACAUCCAUGUUUCAUUUCAUAUGACUCAUACAUCUACAUUAUUUAAAUCAACUUGAAUCAAAACAUCCUGGGAUGAGCUCAAAUCCAGCUUUUGCUAACAUUUUAUUUGCUUCUCCACCUUUGCUUUUAUUAUAAACAUUGUAAUGUUAUGUAAAUUCACUUUAAGUUUUAACAGAUGUCACUGAUAUCAUUGUAUGAACCAUCCAAAGUGUAUUACAAUUUUCAUCUAAUUUGUAAUAAAUUUAUUUAAGCCAUUAA